AAUGUCGCAGUACAUCAAGUGCUACGGCAGGGUACGCCCGUCGGCACGGCUUGGGGCACCUUCCGAGUCUCUCUUUGUGGGAGGACGCGUUGUGACGAUUGAAACUGAUAAUGGAUCCAAAAGAUAUGAGCUCCAUCAUAUCUUUGAUAGCUCUUCAUCACAGGAGGACGUCUUUGGAACAGUCGCGAAGAAGAUUGUCGAGGAUUGUGUGGAAGGCUAUAAUGGGACCGUGUUCGCCUAUGGACAGACAGGUUCUGGAAAAACCCAUACAAUGCUUGGUCCUUGCGAUUCAUGGACUGACCAAGAACUUAUGGGGCUCAUCCCUCGAUCAGUGGAACACGUUUUCCAGCAUCUGGACACGAAGGCUAAAGAGUGUCAAAAGUUGACGUUCUCCGUUUCUGUUGAGUUUGUUGAACUCUACAACGAAGUCAUCUACGACCUCUUGAAUGCGAAGAACAAAGUCCAACUCAGAGAUUCGGGAAAGGACAUUCAGCUUGUUGGAGCCUUGUCGAAAAACGUUGAUAACCCGCUCGACUUGAUGCAUUUGGUCCAAAAAGGUUGGCAGGAAAGAAGCACUGGCUCGACUGCAAUGAAUGCCGAAUCGUCAAGAUCACACGCGCUGCUCAUCAUCAGGAUCAAAACGCAGGAGCGAACAGGAGAGCUAGUCAAGGAAAGGUCAUCUAUCCUGAACCUUGUGGACUUGGCGGGAUCGGAGCGUCAGACGCAUACAAAAUCAAGCGGAGAUCGACUGAAAGAAGCGACAAAUAUCAACUCAUCUCUGACAGUGCUAGGCCGUUGCAUCCGUCUUCUUGCCGAUCCUUCGAAAGCUAAAGGACACGUUCCAUACCGCGAUUCUCAUCUCACUCAUAUUCUGAAGAACUCGCUUGGUGGCAAUUCAAAGACGGCUGUUAUCGUUAAUAUGCACCCGGAUCGUGAUUUUGCACAGGAAAGCAACUCCACCUUGAUGUUCGCUCAGUCGUGCACGAUGAUCAUGAACAUUGCCACUCGAAAUGAAGUUAUGACCGGCGACCAGGAGAGCAGCUACAAAAAAGCCAUUCAAGAACUACGCCAAGAGGUUGACGAAACGCGGGAAAAGGUUCGGACGGAAUUCGCAUCACAGUUGGACGAAGCCGAAGUUGAACAACUUCGACUGAAGACAGAAAACAACUCCUUGAGAUUGGAAAACGUCGAUCUUCGUGCAAAGUAUGACUUUGCUCUUCUGAAGUACACGAUCGGAUCAGAAAACGAACAGAUUGUUAACGAGUUCAAGAAGAUCAUCAGUGAAUUCAGUGCCGCAAAUAGCAGUUCUCCAUUCGAAUGCAUAGCUCUGAAGAAUCAAACGCUCCAAUUGGAGAUCGAAGCCAGCGAGAAGCGAUACCAGGAGCUGCAAAAGGAGACAAGUGCUCUGCGAAAUCGCUAUCAGGAAAAUCUGGACGCGACAAUCUUGAUGCAAACACCGUCGGCAAAGGAGAGGAGGAGCAGUUCGAGACCCAAACGCCGGGAGACCCAAUACAGACCUUCACCUGCACGAAUGGCUUUGUUCGCUGAAGUCGAAACCUCGGAGGAUGCCGUGCUCGACCUACAAUGUCAAAACGAGAAGCUCAGUUGUGAACUGAGCUCAUUGAAAGACAAGCACGAAGAGGCAACGUCAAAGUCAAUCGAGACGGAACGAUUGCUUCAGGGAGAAAUUGUUGCAUUGCAAAAAGAAGUUUCCAUUGUAUCCGAGAGUCUGAGGAAGUCCGAAGCAGUGGCCGAGGGAUACAAGGAGAAAGUGACAGCAAACAACUUAACACUCGAUAAGUUGCUUCUCCAUAUUGAUGCUUCGAGAAAACGCAUUGCUGAACUCGAGUUGAGCAGCAAGGAGAGUGAAAAUCGAUCGAGCGAAGAAUUGGAGGAACAACGUUUGUAUUACGUCUCCAUGAUUGAAGAUCUCGAAAGGAAAGCAUCUGACGAGUAUGCUGCUCUUCGUGAGGAGUUGAAUCAAAAGACGCUGUCUUCAAAUUUACUCCAAGUUCAAGUCGACGAGCUCCAACUUUCAAAUGCCACAAUCAAGAAGCUUAACGCUGAUCUAAGCACCAAAGCCGGCCUCAUUCGAUCUCUCGAGGAUUCCAUCGAGAAAAAGUCUCAGAUGAUCACUCGGCUGGAAGAGCAGGCCGUCCUUGAUAGCUCCGAGUUGAGCUCUACUAAGCGUCAACUGGAGCAUUCAAGGCUGGAAGCGAUUCAGUGGAGGAAAAUUUCCGAAGAGACCACUUCUGCCAUGCAAACACAGCUCAAAGAUCAUCAAAAGGAUAUUGACCAAUGCAGGCACAAGAAGAAAUUGGAGAUUCAAUCAAUGCAACUCUCGCUGGACAAUGCGAACGCUAGAGUGAAAGAAUCCGAAGCAAUGAUGAAAAAACUUCAGAAUGACGAGAAACAGAAGUUUGACAUGAAAAUGUCUGAAAUUGAGAACACCUUCAAAGAGAAGCUUUCUGUUAGCUUGAAAAAGCAAGAAGACACCAUUCGAAGACAGAGCUUGGCCGAGAAUCAAGGAAAGCUAGAAGUCAUGGAAAAUAAGAAUCGCGUGCUCUCUGAGACAAUAGAAUCUCUUCAAUCGCAGCAUUCACAGGACACGGAGGUCAUCAACGCAGGUCUGCGAACAAGAGGAGAUCGGGUGGGUUACGUGGAUAAACUUCGCGUCGAGAAGAAAGCUCUCGAAGAAACCAUUUCUCAACUUCGCUCAGAGAAUGAUAAACUGAAGAAGAUCAUGAGAGGAGAAUCGGCCAAUAAGCCAGUGCUUCGCAGUCAGACCACAAAGCCAUAGGACAAAUCGUCUUAAUUUAUUUCUGUAAAUAUUAGCCCCCCCCCCCCCGCUUUCUUCCAUAUCGAAUACUCACUUUAUUUUUACCAUUGUCAAAGAUAUUUUUUCUCCCCUCAUAUUAUUUCAAGUUCUAUUCCCCCUAUUAUCAUUUUGACACUUAUUUUAGUUAACUUGGAGUAAAUUUUUAACUGCUCUAGUAAACAAAAACUACAACACUGCUUCUAUUCAAUUCUCAAUAUGGACUUACGGUUCACUUGUAUUGGUUGGAGUAGAAUUUUAGACAUCUUUUUAUCUUUUAAGCAUAGUCUUCGAUGAUCACGGAAUUUUAACAACGAAUGGUUGAUAUUUAUACAAAAGGCUUAUUCCAGGGGUGCGCGGCAAUUUCCGAAACCAUGUUUUG